UAAGAUGACGUGUGUGACGUGACAUAAAAUAGAACCUCACCGACAGCAAUUGAUUUCGUGAUCCUAUAUUUCUAACGAUUAUUAAUUUGACUUUAGUUUAUUUAAGAUGUUUAUUCGCUUCUCAUCUAUAAUACCUCUGCUGAUAACCUUAGACCUGUGUUUUGGUUUAUAUUUCCAUAUAGCAGAAGGUGAAAGAAAAUGUUUCAUAGAAGAAAUACCGGAUGAUACCACUGUGCUGGUAAAUUAUAAGGUGGAAUUAUAUGACCCACGAUCUGGGGGAUUCAUGCCUUCUUCUCCUGGCAUUGGUAUGCAUGUGGAAGUUCGAGAACCAAAUGAUAGAAUUCUCUUAUCACGGGUCUACUCAUCUGAGGGUAUGAUUUCAUUUACAUCAACAACACCUGGAGAACAUGUAAUUUGUAUGUAUUCUAAUAGUACAUCAUGGUUUACUGGAUCUCAAUUAAGGGUACACCUUGAUAUUCAAGUGGGUGAACAUGCUGUUGACUAUGCAAAUGUAGCCCAAAAAGACAAGCUUACUGAGCUGCAGCUUAGAAUUAGACAAUUGCUGGACCAAGUUCAUCAAAUUACUAAGGAACAAAGUUACCAAAGACACCGAGAGGAACGAUUCCGACAAACAUCUGAAAGUACAAAUCAAAGGGUACUUUGGUGGAGUUUAUUACAAACUGGUGUCCUUCUAGGAAUUGGCUACUGGCAAAUGAGGCACCUUAAGAGUUUCUUUGAGGCUAAGAAAUUAGUUUAAAUUAUCUUAUUGGUUUAUAUUUUAUAAAACAGUUUUCUCAUUGAUUAUAAAUAAGGCUAUAGUUUGUGGAAAUCAUAUUUUAUUUUGUUUCAUAUAUUUUUGUAAAUCUCCUGUCAAAAUGUUUAAUCAAUAAAGAUGUGUUUUAUUUGGAAAUCUUA